UUGCAAAAGCUUCUUGGAAUAGUAAAUAAUUUUUUCGAAUCUGUUUUUCUUGUUUUUACACAACGUAAAUAUGCUCUGUUGUUCAUAGCUUAUGCGGUCGGUCGCGUGUUCGUCGAUUCUUACUUUACCGCUAUCGCAAAGAACGACGUGACGUCGAUGGUGGACCAACUGUUGAACGCGUUUAAGAAACUGGUAAAGGAAUUGCAAUGGAUGGACGAAGCAACAAAAACCCGUGCGCUGGAGAAAGCUGAGAACAUGUGGAAGAACAUUGGAUACCCAGACUUUAUCAAAGACAACGCCCUGCUGGACAAAUACUACAACCUUCUAAGUCCCGAGAUCAAGGAAAACGAACCGUUUUACCGUGUGAACUCUGUUGUGCAGGAGUGGAUGAUGAGCCUGCAAAUGAAUGAUCUGACGAAGCCUUUCAACCGCAAGUCGUUCGGCGGAUCGCCGGCAAUCGUUAACGCCUGGUACUCGAACCUGAAGAACUCGAUCACCUUCCCAGCCGGCAUUCUGCAGUUCCCCUUCUUUGACGCAACCUAUCCAAAAGCCGUAAAUUACGGAGCAAUCGGUUCAGUCAUUGGACACGAAAUAACCCACGGAUUCGACGACCAGGGAUCGCAGUAUAACGCGAGCGGUGAUCUUCAGAAUUGGUGGUCUGAAAGUUCAGCGCUGCACUUUGAUAAGAAGACGCAGUGUAUGAAAGAACAAUACGAUCACUACUGUUACCCACAAUUGAAUAAAUGCGUGCAAGGUGAUACUACGCUGGGUGAAAAUAUCGCCGACAACGGUGGCUUAAAGGAAGCGUUCACUGCCUAUCAGACGUACGUGGCUGAACACGGCGAAGAGCUGCGCCUGCCGUCACUGGCAGAGUACUCGAUGGAUCAAAUAUUUUUCAUCAGCUUCGCCAGUUUCUGGUGCGGCUCUUACAAGGACAAUUUCCUCCGAAACCUGCUGUCCACCAACGAACACGCGCCCAACGAAUUUCGAGUCAAGGGAGUUGUGCAGAACUCGAAGGAGUUUGCCGAAGCUUUCAACUGUCCCCUGGGCUCGCCAAUGAACCCGGAACAUAAAUGUACUGUAUGGUAG